UCAAUAAAAGCAAUCGUGGCUUUAUGGCGUUUUCAUCUGACUUGAUCUCGACGAAGGUCAGCAGCUAUUCAUCGCGAUAUUGCGACGCGUGUCUCUUCUCUUCCGUAGCUACCAUGAGAGGUCGUAUAUACUGGCAGCAUGACCUACUUGCAUAACCAUAUCUCGCGGUCGUUCUUAUGGCAGGUGACGCGAACUCGGUUCGCGGAAAUCCGCUACACUGGGAGAUCUAUCAAGCUCUGCUUAAUCCGCUGUUUUAGAAGAGGCGGGUCCAUUGUUCUUGACCAAAGGGGCACAUGUGAGGAUGUGACCACAGAUCACACAUGUGGCCUGACCAUUUGUAUCACCAUAUGGAGACCUGGUGAUGCUACCUCAAAGCGACAAUGUCGAUCUCUUGUUGGACUAACGCCAGGGUGGAGAUGUCGGCAUUUUUGGCCCUACGUCUCGACUACAAGGAAAGUUUUGCUUAAUGGAUGCGGAUGGGCGCAGUCUGUAUGCUCGUCGGAUGCAAGAGGAAAAUUGGGGAUGACAGAUGCACGAAACAACGAUGCAAUAGCACAGACAGACACGCACACAUAUCCCAUGUGUAUUUAUGGCACUGCAGCCUCGAACAGUCAAGAUCAAGCGAGAGCCGAGAUGGAUAAAGCCAAUGAGCCAUCCGAGUAGAUCAGGGUAUUGAAGGAGAUGCUGUAUCCGGGUGCGUCGGUGCGACGGUCGCUGCAGCUCGGAGGCGCAGACAAUUCGAUCUUUUCAUCUCU